CUCGCCUGAGCUCCCAGACUGCAUCUACGAACACCAGCCCACAUUAGUCCACCCCAUCACCCCAACUCCACAUCACACUCUCUACCUCUCCAAUCUUGACGAUCAAAAAUUCCUCAGAUUCUCAAUCAAAUAUCUCUACGCUUUCAGAAAAUCUGUCGACAAACAAGCCCUCAAGCACUCCCUCUCCAGACUCCUCGUUCACUACUACCCAUUGGCUGGGAGGUUGAGACGAUGCGUGGAAGGCGAUGAUCAUAAGCUGGAGAUCCACUGCAAUGGAGAAGGCGCUGUUUUUGCAGAAGCAAACAUGGAUUUAAGCGCUGAGCAGUUUCUUGAGCUUGCAAGAAAGCCAAACAGGUCCUUGAGGAAACUCCUCUACAGAGUUGAAGCUCCUGGCUUCUUGGAUAUUCCCCCUCUUGUAAUUCAGGUGACGAGUCUCCGAUGUGGAGGUAUGAUUCUCUGCACGGCAAUCAAUCACUGUUUCUGUGAUGGUAUUGGCACAUCACAAUUUUUACAUGCUUGGGCCCACAUGACCAACCAGUCUGAUUCGUCCGAGUUACCGAUUCCACCAUUCCACUCUCGCCACGUGUUGAAACCCCGUAGCCCACCACAAGUUACUUUUUCCCAUCCAGGGUUUACGAAGAUUGCCACUGAUGAAUUUAAUUCACAAACAGGCCCCAACAUUUCCAAGUAUUUGCAGUCUCAGCCACUUGUGCCUGUAUCCAUUACAUUUUCACCCUCCCAGGUUCUUCACUUGAAAAGGCAGUGUGUGCCUUCUUUGAAAUGCACUACCUUUGAGGUUCUUGCUUCCCAUACGUGGCGAUGUUGGGUUAAAUCGUUGGGAUUGCCUCUAUCGAUUCCUGUGAAAUUGUUGUUUUCGGUUAAUAUCAGAAAUAAAUUAUCGAAUAAGAUGCCACAAGGGUAUUAUGGGAAUGGAUUUGUGCUGGCGUGCGUGGGGGCCAAGGUUAAGGAAUUGGUCGCACCCAACUUGCACAACGGGGUGAAGUUAGUGCAACACGCAAAAUCAACGAUUACUCAUGAUUACAUACAGUCCAUGGUUGAUUUAUUAGAGGAUAAAACGAUCAUAACCGACAUCUCGACAAGUCUAGUCAUAUCGCAGUGGUCAAAGUUAGGGUUGGAGGAGCUGGAUUUCGGAGAGGGGAAGCCUUUGCACAUGGGUCCUCUAACCAGUGACAUUUACUGCUUAUUCCUGCCCAUUAUUGGAGAGUCGAACGCAACUAGGGUGCUCGUAUCAAUGCCGGAGAGCAUCGUAGAUAAAUUCGAGUUCUACAUGACAGAAUUUUCUGAUAUUGUAGAGAACAAGGAGGCAACGAACCAUUAUGGACUAGAUAAUCUAAAAAUGGUUCCUACUUGAGUUGUACUUGUAAUUUCAAACAAUCCAUGACUAUUUAAAUUUUACGAUUCCUAAUAUAUACUCUAAUACCAAGAUCGAUUCUAAGUGUCUAUA